CGUUGGAUACGGACAACAAAUGCUUGGCCACCCUGUCGUCGAUUCGCUUAAAGCGACGACGUGGUCCGAUUCUCACCUGUUUAUUUUCUUUGCGUACUUUCCCAUCUAGAUUAGAAGAACAAACAUUGGCGAAACGACUUGUCUAGUCUCGGCAAUAGCCCACAAUGUUUUCGUCACCAGAACCCAUAUUUCGCACCACCAGCCCGCAGCUCAACAUCCAGCUCGACACCGGCGACAAGCACUCCUUCAGCCCCGGCGACACCAUAAUCGGCAGGGUGGUCCGGCAGGCGCCCAUCGUGGCCCCGCACGGCUCGAUCCGGCUGUCGCUGCACGGGCGGUCGCUCGUCAGGGUGGACGAGUCGUCGGGCGGCAAGGACAAGACGUACACGGGCGAGGUGCGGCUGCUCCAGGGCGGCAGGCACACGCGGGUGCUGUUCGAGGGCCCGCUGCACGUGGCCGAGGGCCCGGGCGGCGUGGCGCAGUCGUGGGCCUUUGCCGUCGACGUCCCCACGCACGUCGAGCUGGAGCGGCCCGACCUCGGCCUCGGCGGCAACCAGCACUCGUUCGUGCCCGUGCCGCCCGACUGCACCACCGGCCGCUACGCGCUCCCGCAGACCUUUUCCCGCACCGGCGGCCGCUCGUCGGCCCGCAUCGAGUACUACCUCGAGGCGGUGCUGCAGUACCGCACCCACGGCGGCAGCUCCGGCAGGACCGUCGCGGCCACGCUGCCCGUCGGGAUCCGCACGCCGAACCACGCGCCGCCCAUCGCGGACCUGCGCCCCGUCAAGCGCCGCCGCCUGGCCUUUGUGCAGUCGUUCCGCCUGCUGCCGGGCAUGGACGGGCCCUCGGCCCGGCUUUCGCUGCUGCAGAGGGCGCAGUCCGCCGUCGGGUCGCGCCGGGUGCCCAUGCUCUGGGGCCAGUGGGAGCUGACGUCGCCGACCGUCGUGCAGCCGGGCAACCCGACGCCGCUGCCCAUCUGCGUGCGCUUCAUCCCCGACGCCCGGCGGUCCUCCCCGGCCGUGCGCGGCAGCCCCGCCCCCACCGUCCGCCUGCUGUCGCUGGUGCUGCGCGUGCAGAGCCUCGCCGUCGUGCAGUGCCGCGGCGGCUGGGCCGACGGCGCGCCGAGGCGGCAGACGUGCGCGCGCGCCAGCGAGUGCGCCAGCAUCUGGCCGCCGCGCGGGGCCGGGCUGCCGGGGAGGCACCUGCUGGGGCGCAAAGAGUGGAGGGCCGUCUGCGAGCGGCAGGCGCCCGUCUACGUUCCCUGCGCGGACGAGUGGCCGGCGCUGGAGGUUGGGGCGGAGGCCGGGUUCAGCCUCGGGGGCGGGGGGCAGGGCGCGGGGCGGCUUCUGCUGCCGCUGCUGACGCCGACGUUUGCGACGUUCAACGUCCGCCAGCACUACCGGUUCGAGUACGAGAUCGAGGCCCUGGUCGCGGGCGAGGAGGUCAAGAUUCCCAUCAGCGAGGUGGUGACGGUCCUGCCGCCGUCCGAGGACGGGCCCGGCGGUGCGCCGCAGGUUGCCACGCCUGGGAAUGCGCAGGGUGAGUGGACGCCGUCGCCGUUGGAGGGGCGAUCCGAGUCGUGGAUCCGUCCACCUUGCGAGUCUGGGGCGCCGCCUUCGUUUGAUGAGGCCGUGUCGGGGGCGGGCGGCCAGCAGAUGGCAAGUAUCCAUGACUAG